UAAUUUAAAGGGGUCCUUGAGAUGCGCCAUGUGUCUGUGUGCUGCGGAGUUAAACUGAACAUAUCAUUACUCAUUUGUAAAUAUUGUCAGAUAAUAUCAUUUAAAAUCUAGUUUACGUUGUGGCGCAAAUCUUAAAUGUUUGAGUUCUAGCAGAGAAGAGUUUAAAUAUAGCGCAUGCGCGGUAUGUUUAUUUCCUACUUCCACACGUCAUUAUUUUUGCGUGUAAUUAUUAUUAUUAUUAUUUUAAAACAGUAAAUAUUUGUGCGCGUGACGAGGCACCAGUCGUGAUUUUACUUUAUUAUUUUAUUGAUUGAAUCUGAAGUACUUUGUUUUGCUAGGAAUGAUUUACCCGGAAGUAGAUAGGGGACAGAUCCGUACUGCGCAUGCGCAGAGCCUACACGGUGGUGAGAGGUGAGGAGAUGUCAGGUCGGGUCAGGAUGGCUGAAAAUUGUGCACAGCUCUUAGCCAGGAUUGAGGGGAGGCGAUCACUCAAAGACAUGGAUCAGCACAUUUUCCCUGUAAAUGGUGGUCCAGCUCAAGGUGAUGUCAUUGAGUUUCACGGAGUAGAAGGGAGUGGUAAGACCGAGAUGUUGUACCACCUCCUGAGCCGCUGCAUCCUCCCCACACACUGCGGAGGCUUGGAGGUGGAGGCCUUCUUCGUAGACACGGACUACCACUUUGACAUGCUGCGUCUGGUGAGCAUCCUGGAGGCCCGUCUGACCUCGUCGCCGCUGGAGAGCGAGAUGGAGGAGGUGGUCCGUUCCAGUUUGCGUCGCCUCUCUGUGCUCCACUGCUCCAGCUCCGUCCAGCUCCUCCUCACACUACACUAUUUGGAGGGAAUCCUGUGCAGCCGGCCCGCCCUCUGCCUGCUCGUCAUAGACAGUAUUUCCUCCUUCUAUUGGAUUGACCGUGCCAACGGGGGUGACAGCUUGGUUCGGCAGGAAGCCAACCUGAGGAAGUGCACCGAGAUACUGGAUAGGCUCAGGAGAGACUAUGGCGUUGUCGUUUUUGCCACCACACAUGCGGUUAUGAGGAAUUAUUCAUCCAGCUCGACAGCGUCUGGACCGGCAGAGCCGAGCAGAUCCACUCCUUCAUGGAAGUGCAGCUCGGACUUCGACAAGCAGUAUCUUUGCCGAGCCUGGCAAAAAUUACUAACACACAGACUUCUGUUCUCAAAAAGUGACCACAGUAGUGUAUCUGAGGACCACAAACAGCUUUUCUCUGUGGCAAGUAACACUGUAAGGACUAAAGGUGUUCAUCGAUGUGUGUUUUAUGUCACAGAAGCGGGCGUUCAGUUUAGCGAGUGAGCAGAAGAACUACACACAUCUGUGCACAUCUGUGAUUAAAUCCUUCGAGUCAGCUGUUUCAGGGCACAAAACAACAGGAAGUGGCCAGGGUCUGCAGUCUUGGGUUUUUGCACUGUCUGAUCUCUGGAAGAAGUGAACAUUUAUAUAACGUAUAAAACAAGAUAAUCAGCAGGCGAAGGACAGUUUAUAAGCAGUAGCGAUGCUUUACAGAUCAGAGGACUCAUCAUCUCGUCUCAUCAGACAUUUGACAUUUUUCAUAUGUUAAGAAUUAAUUAUUGAUUUUGUUAUUUUGUAACGCAACAUUGAAUUUUAAUAAAGAAGCUAGAAAU